CUGUAUUUGUAUGUUGUGUUGUGUGUGCGUGGUAAUUUGUGUUCUAAGCUGAUAGAAAGAAAAGAAAUUUGUUAAAUCAGGUACUAUUUAACGAUGAAACUAACAUAAAUGUGAAGAAACACAGUGUGUUGUGAUAUCAAGUGCAAGUGAACCCGUCGGGAGGCGGUAACCGUUCAAGUUGGCGAAGGCACGUAGGGGUAUGAUAAAAGAGAAGGAGAAGGGUGGCGGUGCCCGCCUCAAGGACGAGCCCAAUGACCCUGCUGAGCCUGGCCAUGGCUCGCGACCGCCGUCAGCGUCUCUGCCGACGCCGGCGGCUCUAAAGAAGGAGCCCGACGAGCCCCCGCACCGGGUCAAAAUGGAACCUCAUAGCCAGUCCGGCGAAGACUCCACCGCAGAGAUGGGUGUUGAUGGCAUCAAGACAGAGAUUGACGGCCUCAUGGACAGUGACGGUGAUCCAACUAAAUCGCCGUCCUGCGAACUAGGCGGGCCAGGAUCGCUCAAAUCAGAACGUCUCUCCUCUGAUUCCAACGAUAUUUUGGACCCACAAACUGGCCUGAGGGGUUCUGCUAGUAAUCUACAGGACGGCAAUCAGAAUUGCCGUAAUCCAAACGUAGGCCCUGAGAUGGGGUCUUGUCGUAUGGGGGGCGGUGGAGGCCCCAUGGGUGCCGGGGUUUCAAUGGGCCCCAUGUCCGCAAGUGAGGCACAGACACUGCCAUCCAAUGUAAUCAGCAAGCAGGCAGGCAGCAUGGAGCAGAGCCAGAUCUUCGUUUUCUCGACCAGUUUGGCUAAUAAAGGCGCGGACGCUGUGCUGUCUGGUCAACAUCACUCGAUCAUCGCGUACCAUUGCGCUCAGCCUGGCACCAAGAAGUAUUUAGAGGCAUUUUUUCAGAAACACCCUUUAAAAAUGGGCCAGUUCAACAAACAGAAUCCAGCCCAGUGGUUAAAUAAUCUCGCUAUGGCUAAAUCUAGGGGGGGCAUGAGAGGUGGGCCUAAUAUGAUGGGGGGCCCGAAUCAAAUGGGUCACAUGAUGGGAGUGUCAAUGGGUGGGAAUAUGGGACCCAUGGGUCACGGCAUGGGCCACAUGGGACCCAAUAUGAUGGGGCCUAAUAGGAUGGGCGCGCCCAAUCAAAUGAUGAUGAUGAAGGGUGGGCCUGGCCAAAUGGGGCAGAUGGGGCCGGGAAUGGCUCCUAUGGAUGGGUUUCCAGGGGGCACCCCGUCCUGUGGUGUCAUGGACGGCCUCGGUGCUGAUGGUGAAAUGCCCUGGGACACCAAAAACCCCUCAGUAAUGUCGAACGGCAUGUCGAAUGGGCCUGGGAUGCCCCCAUGCUCAGAGGCGGGACCCGAACCUACGUCCGGGCCCGCUGAGUCCGCUCCCGAUCAGCCCUGUCAAGCGGGACCUAAAGGUGUUAAAAUUCCUGAUGAGAACUUGACGCCACAGCAAAGGGCGCAUCGUGAAGAGCAACUCGCGACAAUACGCAAAAUGCAACAGAUGCUGUUCCCCGAGAGUGGGGGACAAGGUUCCGGGGAGGGGCAGCCUCCAGACAUUAAUCCUCCCAACUCCGCUGGAAACAUGAACAUGCCAUACCCACCGAUGUCAAUGGGACCUAACGGCCCGAUGGGUUCAAACGGUCCCAUGGUUUCGAUGUCCAACAGUAUGAACUCCGGACCGAGUUGCACUAUGUCAGGACCGAUGCCGAUGAACCCUAUGGGUCCAAACGGACCAAUGGGCGGACCGAUGGGUGGUCCUAUGGGAGGCAUGGGGCCGAACAUGAUGGGCGGACACGGAUCAAUGGGACCGAACGGAAUGAUGGGGCCUAAUGGACCGAUGAUGGGAGGCAUGGGACCGAAUGGACCGAUGGGCCCUAUGGGACCGUGUGGUAUGAAGGGCAUAAGAGGGGCGUGUGGUGGGCCGGAUAUGAAGGGUGGCAUGUGUACAGAUAUGCAUAUGGGGAGGGGCUGCGGUGGACCUAUGGGGCGAAUGCCAAACCCAAUGGGUGGAAUGGGCGGGCCUAAACCUUGUAUGAUGGGUGGACCACAUAUGGGACCUAGAAUGAUGCCGGGACCUAAUCUUAACACAAUGAACGGUGGCAUAAUGAUGGACGGGAACAUGAUGGGUGGGAUGGUGCACGGGGAAUGUGGACCGGAUCACCACGGUAUGCCCGUCAACGGACCCAUGUGCGACGAGUACGGCCGCGGCAGAAACAUGGGUCCGGGUGAUCCUGGUGGGUUAGGUCCAGGUGUAGGCCCCGGUAUGGGCCACAAACCGGGCUUGAGGAGUCCCAAGAGUCCCGCCAACGCUGACAUCGACUGGCAAAAAAUACACCACCAGUUCUUCGACGAUCCAAAGUCGAUGGACAAUGAACUAAGCACACAAGUAAAGUCGCCAUGUUCAGAAAGAGGGGGCUGUCUUCCCCCACCGCCUUACGGGGCAUCCCCUUUACACCGUUCCGCCUCUGUACCUAUAGCGACGCAGUCCCCUGGACACGGUUCAGUUCAAAUGCCCAUGUCGGCGGACGCGUCGCGAGCUAAUUCAGGCCUAAGUAGUCCCGCGCAACCUCACUGCAAACCGCCGCAGACGAAACAGGACGCGCCAGAGAUAUUAGAGAAACUCGAUGAUGGAGUGUUUGUGCGAACCCUCCAAUGUUUGGCGGCGCAGCAACAGAAGAACCAACAGUCGCACAAGGAGCCCAGUUUGAUGCCCGUACCGUCUCCGCAGCAAAUAUCGUAUCUCAAUCAGUUUGAAGGUCAAGAGUUGACGAUACAGAAACAGCCUAACACGUCGUUAAAAGACAACGGGCCACCAUCGAACAGCGGUGGGCAGACGCCACAGUCUAAUUCCACACAGAAAUCACCGGCCGGCAUGAUGCCGGGCACGCCGGAGCCUCACAUGUCCCUAUCGGAGCAGCGAGCGGGCAGGUUCUCGCUCGAACAGAGUCCAGGGUUCAACAAUCCCCAGACACCCACCUCAGCAGCUAGCACUAAGUGUGGUCAGGACGAGAAGUCCCGGCCCAGCCCGUCCUCAAACCGGUCGAGUCAAGAGAGCGCCAGUAAGACCCCGCAGCGCGAGUCCCUCAGCCAGGGGCCUUAUGCCCCCCCCAACACUCCCUCGUGCGCCACCAAGAAUAGUUGCAGCCAAGCGAACACACCCACCACUACCACCAUGGAGGACUCCAUACCCACAUCAGAGGCGACGUUAUCAGGGGGCCCCAAUAGCACAACACUCCCCGGACCGUUCCCUAACGCUUGCAGUAUGAGUCGGCCGGACAAUAUCCCGAUAAAUCCGAACCAGGGUCCCGGUGGUCCCAUGGCGUCGUCGUCGUCGUUCGACCCCAUCUCGUCGCUCGCGCAGAUGUCGCAACAGUUAACUAACUCGGUGGGCGGGCCGGGACCCGCGGGACCCAUGCAGGGCGCGCCGGGACCCAUGGGACCGUUCGGCGGCGCGCCCCACCAUAUGCAGCACCACCACAAUAUGCAUCCGCAUUCGCAUCCGCACAUGAUGAUGAAUGAAUUAGGGUGUCACAUGGACAACAUGGGAGGACCGGGUAUGGGCGGACCAAUGGAGGGCAUGAUGGGCGGCGGAGACUUCCCGCCCGACAUGAACCUCAGCCCGAAGAUGGGAGGAGGCCCCAUGGGCGGACCUAUGGGACCCAUGGGGCCCGACCCUGCCAUCAUGGGGCCCCGCAUGCCCCCCGGGCCCGGCAAGAUGCCCCCCUUCAACGGUGCAAACGUGCAAGUGAAAGCGAGCGCACCCAACACUAUCCAGUAUCUUCCCACGAGGCCUCAGAUGGCCUGCAACUCGGGCCCCAGAGGACCUCCCAGUUUAGAUUUCCUCCAGCGUGUAACAAAUCCUAUGCAAAUGGAAGGAAAAGGAGUACAAUAUUUCCCAAGAGGAAUGGACGAGAACAGCAUGCGUGGUGUUAUGAGGCCGCCAGGAAUGCUCCGGAUGCACUAUCCGGCUGGAUUUAAUUCUCCACCCAAAAUGGCGGACCCGUUCCAGCCGAAUCCAAUGUGCGGACCGAACUUUAGAGGUGUGAAAUCAGGUAUGGGCCAAGUGAGGAUGACGGGGCAACCUUUGCCACCUUCUAUGGGUGGGCCCGGGCCGGGUUUCAAGGGCCAAGGUUUCGCGGUACCAUCGACGGCGGACCCCAAUUACGCGGCACAGUUUCACAAUUUCCAACAGCAAUUAUACGCGACAGGAAGCCGCGCGCCUCAAGGAUAUCCGCCUUACCAACCGCCCAAGUGAUGCCGAGUGAUAAAUUCACCCCCAAGGACGUACUUAACCAACCAUCCAGUGACGCAAGAUCGAAUAUUAUGUUAGUGACUUAUAAUAAAAAAAAAAUAGCCCGUGUCUCCUUUACCCACGCGAUAAAAUCCGAUCUAACGGUUGCGGUCGUUUUAUCCUAAUGAAAAGGAUGGUGUUUGUACAAAAUGUACAAAGGUUUUUUUUAUUAUCGUAGACGUGUUACGAUUACACGGUUCGAAGUACAGUUUUAGACGUAUAUUUUGCUUAUGGCAAUAAAUUAGUGUUAGAUUGUUUUUUAUUUUUUGACACAUACAUGCCAGAAUUACAGUGUAUCGGUUCCUUUUUUUACUUAGCUAUUUUUUAUGUACGAUUCCUAUGCACACAGAUAUCUAGUCAAUUUUGAAAUUAACGGAGCCCAAUCCUGUGUUAAUGUAAACAUUUAACGAUUGAAGCCGACAUUUGGUAUUUUUUUAUAUACGCAGAAGUACAUAAUUUUAUAAUGAUGUCCAUUUUUUUUUAAGUUUAAUAUUAAUUAAAUCUAAUUAGUUAAAUUGGUCGAAUAUAAUUUCUUUUUGGCGUUAACGGCCAGUAUGACCUGAAAUUACUUAGAACCGUCUUAUUGACUUAUUAGUUGUUUUAUUAAUUUAAUAAUAAUAUUUUUUCAUUUUUCGAUCUGAUAGCAAUGUUAUUUCUGUCUUCCAGUACCUUAAACUAAUGCAAUAAGUGCUUAUAUCCGCCGUACGCUCCGCUAGACGUUGAUGCGUACGCGGUUCGCGACUUUGACUAUAGGUCUCUACUUUUAAAUAAAUAAAUAAAGAAAAGUACUUAAAUAUCUGAUGCCAUAUUAUUUGCCACAUGAAUUUAAUUUCGUGAUAUUGUAACUAUCUAUUUAAUUUAUUGUUGUCUAUUGAAUCUGUACGAACAAUGCCAAUCUUAAAACGCAACACUAAUGUUUUUAUGUUUCGUAGUAGUACAUAGGGCAUAAUAAUAUGCUAGGCUAGUAGUCGCACUUGGAUGUAGCAGUGGCCUUCGAUUUGUAAUGCCUUGUUUAAAAGCAAUUAAAACCCCGGCGAAGACGCCAGCACGGUAAUAUUAAAAAGUUUGGCGUCGAUUAGAAGCGCGCCGAGUCGAGUCAGAACGGGUCGCCGCAGAAAUUCGCUCGAGCCCGAUUCAACUAGUUGAAUGGGCGCUGUUUCAUAGAAAAUGUAUAGGAGGCGAAUUUUUACGAAUCGAUUCGACUUGGCUCAGCGAGCCUGGUUGACGUCAGACUUUAUAACCACUCGAGACGAAAUCUAAAUGACGUCUAUAGGAUUCUGGUAUUUCUGUGGCACUUUUAAAGUUGGAAAUAGGAAAAUAAAAAGCUUAUGAUGUUGAAUUUGAUUAUUAAAUAAACAGACAUUUAGAUUUCUGCUCAAGUAAUAAAACUACUGCCGGACUGGAGUGAAACGCGUUCUGCCGCCGGCCGGUAUCAAGACUGCGGCGAUCACAAUUUGUACAGUACCGAAGCAAUCGAUCCCGCAGUAUUAGAUGCGCGUGCGCAUGACAUUGAUGUAUCACGCGGCCGCGCGCACUAUGCGGCGAAAACGGAUACUCUCGAGAUUAAGAAGGGCGUGGCAAUUCGUGAAUAAACAGCACAGAAAUAAGUCCAGAUAAAAACACCCGCUAGCAAUUAGAUAGUCUUAAUUUUAACUGUAAUUAUAAUUAUAAGGUAAAGAAUGGUUCUUGUUUUAGGAUAAGCGAAGAGCAAUGAUAUAAAAUAGUUUGUGUAAUAUUGAUAAGGAAAUGAAAUUAAGAUGCAAACUAUUGGUUGUGAUUCUGACACAAUUUGUUAAGUUGUUCGUAGAUAUGUCACAGAGAAUUGUGGAACUUACUGACUCACGAUAAGGCCCUUUUUUAAUUUUUAUUUUAUUUUUUUGUUUUUGGAUAUUUUUACUUGUCGUUCUCGUUUGUACAUCGCUAACAAUAAUUGUACAGAGUACUUUUGGACUUAAUUUAAGGCAAUAAAUGUAUUUAUUUUAUAAAUCGUGAUGUAAG